CGGCGGCAUCCCGUGGGAAUCGCGAGACUUUGGGCGCCUUUUUUUAGCUGAUUCGCGUGACACUAUCGCCAAACGUACUUCCUGAUCCUUAAUAAACCUUACCAUACGGUACCACCCGAAUUGAUCAGAUCGGAUGCAGACGUCCCAUAGUAAUGAUAUUGCCCGUUGCGGUCAUUUUGUGCCUGUCCCCAUUGCCGGGGAGAGGCGGGGACCCCAAAAUCGUCGGCGGUACCGCCACCGACAUAAAAAACCACCCAUACCAAAUCUCGCUGCAGUAUGGGAAGCGCCAUAUAUGCGGCGGUACCAUUUUGAGUACGAAAUACGCGUUGACGGCGGCGCACUGCACCGAGGGCUUAAUGGCGGCGUCCAUGGCGAUCAGGGCGGGAUCGUCGACGUCGUCAAGCGGGGGACAGCUCGUCAAGGUGCUGACGGUACGUCAACAUCCGAAGUUCGACUCGAGGCGCGUAGAUUACGACGUUUCGGUGUUGGAAGUGGCUCCUCAGUUUAUAUUUAGCGAGAGUGUGAGGAGUUUAGUACCGGCAAAUAGCGAGCCAGGCGAGGGCGGCUUGGUAACUGUUACCGGUUGGGGUACUACCAAGGAAACAUCCGACUUUCUACCCGACCGACUGAGGGUCACCCAGAUUCCGGUGGUCGGCAGAACUAAAUGUAGGCUGUCGUACGCCAGGCUGGGUCAGAUUACCGAUAGGAUGAUCUGCGCCGGGGUUUUGGGGCAAGGCGGGAAAGACUCGUGCCAGGGCGACUCGGGAGGACCCCUGAUCGCGGGCGGGCGGCUGGCGGGGGUGGUUUCGUGGGGGUAUGGGUGCGCGAGGCCAAGGUACCCCGGAGUAUACGCGAGUGUCGCGAACAAAGAGAUCAGGACCUUUAUCUCUAGAACGGCUGGCGUUUAA